GCCAAGGCAGGCAGCAGCGGUGUGGUCCCCGAGUCCCAGGCAGUUCAAGCAAGAUGAUACCUCUGUCCAUCAAACGGCCCCUUGUGACCACGUCCUUUCUGCUUUCAUCACUGUUGAUGCUCUUAACUGUGGCAACUCCAUCCUGGUGGCAGAGCAGUGAAACAACAUCUCCAAAGGCUAGUAACAGGGCACCAUUUCCUUGGAAUAAAAUGCGACUUCCUGAGCACAUCAUCCCACUUCAUUACGAUCUCAUGAUUCAUGCCAACCUCACCACUCUGACCUUCGGGGGAACCACGGAAAUAGAAAUCACAGCCAGCAAGCCCACCAGUACCAUCAUCCUGCAUAGUCACCACCUGCAAAUACCUAAGGCCGCCCUGAGGAAGGGAGCUGGUGAGAGGCAGUCUGAAGAGCCGCUGAGAGUCCUGGAAUACCCGCCUCAGGAGCAAAUCGCACUCCUGGCUCCUGAGCCCCUGGUGGUUGGGCUCCCAUACACCAUUGUCAUUGACUAUGCUGGCAAUCUUUCUGAGAGUUUCCAUGGAUUUUAUAAAAGCACCUACAGAACCAAGGAAGGGGAAGUGAGGAUACUUGCAUCAACACAGUUUGAACCGACUGCAGCCAGAAUGGCCUUUCCCUGCUUUGAUGAACCUGCUUUCAAAGCAAGUUUUUCAAUCAAGAUCAGAAGGGAACCAAGACACCUCGCCAUCUCCAACAUGCCACUGGUUAAAUCUGUGACUGUUGCUGAAGGACUCAUAGAAGACCAUUUUGAUGUGACUGUGAAGAUGAGCACCUACCUGGUGGCCUUCAUUGUUUCAGAUUUUAAGUCUGUCAGCAAGAUGACCAAAAGUGGCAUCAAGGUUUCCGUGUAUGCUGUUCCAGACAAGAUAAAUCAGGCAGAUUAUGCACUGGAUGCCGCGGUGACUCUUCUAGAAUUUUAUGAGGAUUAUUUCAGCAUUCCAUAUCCCUUAUCCAAACAAGAUCUUGCUGCUAUUCCUGACUUUCAGCCUGGUGCUAUGGAAAACUGGGGACUGACAACAUACAGGGAAUCUUCUCUACUGUUUGAUGCUGAAAAGUCUUCUGCAUCAAGUAAGCUUGGCAUCACGAUGACUGUGUCCCAUGAACUCGCCCACCAGUGGUUUGGGAACCUCGUCACUAUGGAAUGGUGGAAUGAUCUUUGGCUAAAUGAGGGAUUUGCCAAGUUUAUGGAGUUCGUGUCUGUCAGUGUGACUCAUCCAGAACUGAAAGUUGAAGAUUAUUUCUUUGAUAAGUGUUUUAAUGCUAUGGAGGUAGAUGCAUUAAACUCCUCACACCCUGUGUCCACACCUGUGGAGAAUCCUGCUCAGAUUCGGGAGAUAUUUGAUGAAGUUUCUUAUGAAAAGGGAGCUUGUGUUCUGAAUAUGCUAAGGGAUUAUCUUGGUGCCGAUGCAUUUAAAAGUGGUAUUGUAAAGUAUCUGCAGAAGUAUAGCUAUAAAAACACAAAAAACGAGGACCUUUGGAAUAGUAUGGCAAGUAUUUGCCCUACAGAUGGCACACAAGGAAUGGAUGGAUUUUGUUCUAGAGGUGAACAUUCAUCUUCAUCUUCACACUGGCGACAGGAAGGCCUUGAUGUGAAAACCAUGAUGAACACCUGGACGCUUCAGAAGGGCUUUCCCCUGAUAACCAUCACCGUGAGAGGGAGGAAUGUACACAUGAAGCAAGAGCACUACGUGAAAGGCCCGGACGACACCCCAGAAACUGGGUACCUGUGGCAUGUCCCAUUGACAUUCAUUACCAGCAGCUCAGACUCAGUCCAGAGAUUUUUGCUGAAGACAAGAACAGAUGUGCUCGUCCUCCCAGAAGAGGUGGAAUGGAUCAAAUUUAAUGUUGGAAUGAAUGGCUAUUACAUAGUGCAUUAUGAGGAUGAUGGAUGGGAUUCUUUGACUGGCCUUUUAAAAGGAACACACACGGCCAUCAGCAGCAGUGAUCGGGCCGGUCUCAUUAACAAUGCUUUUCAGCUUGUCAGCAUUGGAAAGCUAUCCAUUGAAAAAGCCUUGGAUUUAACCUUGUACUUGAAACGUGAAACUGAAAUCAUGCCAGUGUUCCAAGGUUUGAAUGAACUGAUACCUAUGUAUAAGUUAAUGGAGAAAAGAGAUAUGAAUGAAGUGGAAACUCAGUUCAAGGCCUUUCUCAUCUGGCUGCUGAGGGACCUCAUUGAUAAGCAGACUUGGACGGAUGAGGGCUCCAUCUCAGAGCGAAUGCUGCGGAGUCAGCUGCUUCUCCUGGCCUGUGUGCGCAAGUACCAGCCCUGUGUGCAGAAGGCAGAAGGCUAUUUCAGGCAGUGGCAGGAAGCCAAUGGGAAUCUGAGGCUGCCCAGCGAUGUGACCUUGGCAGUGUUUGCUGUAGGGGCCCAGCACCCAGAAGGAUGGGAUUUUCUUUAUAGUAAAUAUCAAUCGUCAUUGUCCAGUACUGAGAAAAACCAAAUUGAAUUUGCUCUCUGUAUUACCCACAAUAAAGAAAAGCUUCAGUGGCUACUAGAUCAAAGUUUUAAGGGAGAUACAAUAAAAACUCAAGAGUUUCCAGAUAUUCUUAGAACUAUCGGCAGAAACCCAGUGGGAUAUCCACUGGCCUGGCAGUUUCUGAGGGAAAAUUGGAAUAAACUUGUACAAAAGUUUGAACUUGGCUCAAGUUCCAUAGCCUACAUGGUGAUGGGAACAACAAAUCAAUUCUCGACAAGAGCACGGCUUGAAGAGGUAAAAGAAUUCUUCAGCUCUUUGAAGGAAAAUGGGUCUCAGCUCCGUUGUGUCCAGCAAACAAUUGAAACCAUUGAGGAGAACAUACUUUGGAUGGAUAAGAAUUUUGAUAAAAUCAGAGUGUGGCUACAAAAUGAAAAGCUUGAACUGCUGUAACAAUCCGUUCCUUGUUGGUUCCUGUGAUGUGUAAUCUCCAAAAUUUUAUUGAAUGUGAAUAUUUUCAAAAUAGAGAUGGUUGUCUCGGCACCCAGUGAAGAUAUUUCCUGCUCCUUCAACUCCUUAUUCAUUCGUCCCUUCUUAUGAAGACUGGCUGUUAACUUUUUCAUCAGGGGGUUAUUGCCACCACGUGUUCCAUUAUAGGUGUUACCCCCAAAUGUAAACCCAAGUGGUGGGUUCCCUACUGUGGAGAAGUGAAGUACCUUAUUCUUCU